AUGAGCUCCUACCUGGAGUACGUGUCGUGCGCCAGCGGCGGGGGCGGCGGCGACGUGCUCAGCUUCGCGCCCAAGUUCUGCCGCGCCGACGCCCGGCCCGUGGCCCUGCAACCCGCCUUCCCCUUGGGCAGCGGCGACGGCGCCUUCGUCAGCUGCCUGCCCCUGGCCGCCGCCCGACCUGCGCCCUUGCCCCCGGCCACCCCAGCGCCACCCCCCGCGCCGCCCUCGGCCGCGCCCUCCUACGCGCCGUGCACCCUGGAGGGCGCCUACGAGGCGGGCGCCGCACCUGCCGCGGCAGGGGGCGCGGACUACGGCUUCCUGGGGCCGGGGCCGGCGUACGACUUCCCGUGCGCGCUCGGGCGGCCGGCCGACGACGGCGGGGCGCACGUCCACUACGCCGCCUCUGCCGUCUUCUCCGGCGGUGGCUCCUUUCUCCUCAGCGGGCAGGUGGAUUACGCGGCCUUCGGCGACCCUGGCCCCUUGCCGGCGUGUCUGAAAGAGCCAGCCGACGGCCACCCUGGGACCUUCCAGAGCGCGUCCCCGGCCCCUGGCUCCUACCCCAAGUCUGCGUCGCCGGCCUCCGGCCUCCCCGCCGCCUUCAAUACCUUCGAGUGGAUGAAAGUGAAGAGGAACGCCCCUAAGAAAAGCAAACUCGCCGAGUGUGGAGCCGCUAGCCCCUCCAGCGCGAUCCGCACGAAUUUCAGCACCAAGCAACUGACAGAACUGGAGAAGGAGUUUCAUUUCAAUAAGUACUUAACUCGAGCCCGACGCAUCGAGAUAGCCAACUCCUUGCAGCUGAAUGAUACGCAAGUCAAAAUCUGGUUCCAGAACCGCAGGAUGAAACAGAAGAAAAGAGAACGAGAAGGGCUUCUGCCCUCUGCCACCCCUGUGGCUUCCCUCCAGCUCCCCCUCUCAGGAACCAGCACCACCAAGUCUGGCGAGAACCCAGGGAGCCCUUCUCAGGCCCAAGAGUCCUCAUGA